UGGAGAAAAGGUGGGGGGGAGAUAGGGUGGGGGGGCCUGGGGGCCGCCUCCUCCUCAAUGUGAGGGGAGCGCCCGGACACAGCGCGCAUCCGGACCAAGCCGAGCCCAGGCGAGGCCCCCGGACUCUUCGCCCGGAUCUCACGCCCCUCCCCUCCCAGACCCCAGACCCGUGGGUUCCCACCCACCUCCCGUUCCCUCUUUCCUCCCCCGCCGCCUCCUGUAUCUCCCCAGCAUCCUCCCCGCGCCCCUGCGAAUCCCCCGCACGGCCAGCCCCACUAGCUUCCCACCCUCCUCUAGACUCUUUCCGACCGCAUCCGCGGCCCCUGUCCCUUGAGUCCCAAUUCCCCGCCCCUGCCUCCCCCGCACAGGUUCGUUUCCCCUAGCCUCCGGUCCCCUUUUCUGCUCCCUUUUCCUCUCUCUCCCCCAUUUGCCCCCACUACUGUCCUCCGCGCCCUCCCCCACCCAUCUCAGCGCCCCCACCCAGGCCGGGGUGGACGGUCCGGCGCGCCUCCCUGGAGCAGCACCAAGGUCCCGGGGCUCCAAGAGGGUGGGGGCGCAGGGCGGGGAGCAUGGGGAGGGGGCGCUCCAUGUGAUGGGAGGGGGGCGCAAGCGGAGGCGGCGGAGGCGGCGGCGACAGCGGAGCCGGGCCGGGGGCUCAGCGGGGUCCGGGGGCUGGGGGCAGCGAGCAGGGCGGCCCCAUGGCCGGGCCCCCCUGAGGCAGUCCGGGGGAGUCCCCUCCCCUCCCCAGCUCGGGGGUCUCCGGGCCCCAUGAGCCGGGGCGCGGGCGCGCUUCAGCGCCGGACAACGACCUACCUCAUCUCGCUGACCCUGGUUAAACUCGAGUCGGUGCCUCCGCCGCCGCCUUCUCCGUCUGCGGCCGCGGCCGGCGCCGCCGGUGCCAGAGGCUCCGAGACUGGGGAUCCUGGCAGCCCCCGAGGCGCGGAGGAGCCGGGCAAGAAGCGGCACGAACGUCUCUUCCACCGGCAGGAUGCGCUGUGGAUCAGCACGAGCAGCGCGGGCACCGGGGGCGCGGAGCCCCCAGCCCUGUCCCCGGCUCCGGCCAGUCCGGCCCGCCCAGUCUCCCCCGCUCCCGGCCGCCGCCUCUCCCUCUGGGCCGUCCCUCCGGGACCCCCGCUCUCCGGGGGACUGAGCCCCGACCCUAAGCCUGGGGGCGCCCCCACCUCCUCCCGGCGCCCCCUACUCAGCAGCCCGAGCUGGGGCGGCCCGGAGCCCGAAGGCCGGGCGGGCGGCGGCAUCCCUGGCUCAUCCUCUCCGCACCCUGGCACCGGCAGCCGGAGGCUCAAGGUGGCGCCUCCUCCGCCGGCUCCCAAGCCUUGCAAGACCGUGACCACGAGUGGAGCCAAAGCCGGCGGGGGCAAGGGCGCGGGUAGCCGCCUGUCAUGGCCCGAAAGCGAGGGCAAGCCCAGGGUCAGGGGGUCAAAGAGCAGCGCCGGGACUGGAGCUUCGGUCUCUGCCGCCGCCGCCGCCGCCGCCGCCGCCGGGGGAGGGGGCGCUACAGCUUCGACCUCUGGUGGGGUCGGGGCUGGGGCUGGGGCUGGAGCCCGAGGGAAGUUGUCCCCUCGGAAAAGCAAGAGUAAGACCUUGGACAACAGUGACUUGCAUCCGGGACCGCCUGCCGGCUCUCCUCCUCCGCUAACCCUCCCACCAACUCCGAGUCCAGCCACUGCUGUCACCGCUGCUUCCGCGCAGCCCCCCGGGCCUGCACCUCCAAUCACUCUGGAGCCUCCCGCUCCGGGGCUGAAACGGGGCCGGGAGGGGGGCCGAGCAUCCACUCGUGACCGCAAGAUGCUCAAGUUUAUCAGCGGCAUCUUCACCAAGAGCACAGGAGGGCUUCCUGGCUCCGGGCCCCUUCCCGGACCCCCCAGCCUGUCUUCUGGCAGCGGGUCCAGGGAGCUGCUAGGCGCCGAGCUCCGCGCUUCCCCUAAGGCUGUGAUCAAUAGCCAGGAAUGGACUUUGAGCCGCUCCAUUCCUGAACUGCGCCUGGGUGUGCUGGGCGAUGCCAGGAGUGGGAAGUCAUCGCUCAUCCACCGAUUCCUGACUGGCUCAUACCAGGUGCUGGAGAAGACAGAGAGUGAGCAGUACAAGAAAGAAAUGUUGGUGGAUGGACAGACACAUCUGGUGCUAAUCCGAGAGGAAGCUGGGGCACCUGAUGCCAAGUUCUCAGGCUGGGCAGAUGCUGUGAUCUUCGUCUUCAGCCUGGAGGAUGAGAACAGUUUCCAGGCUGUGAGCCGUCUCCAUGGGCAGCUGAGUUCCCUUCGUGGGGAGGGACGAGGAGGCCUGGCCUUGGCACUGGUGGGGACACAAGACAGGAUCAGUGCUUCCUCCCCUCGGGUGGUGGGAGAUGCUCGUGCCAGAGCUCUAUGCUCGGACAUGAAACGCUGCAGCUACUAUGAGACUUGUGCAACCUACGGGCUCAAUGUGGAUCGGGUCUUCCAGGAGGUGGCCCAGAAGGUGGUGACCUUGCGCAAGCAGCAACAGCUUCUGGCUGCCUGCAAGUCCCUGCCCAGCUCCCCAAGCCACUCAGCUGCAUCCACUCCGGUAGCUGGCCAGGCUAGUAACGGGGGCCACACUAGCGACUACUCUUCUUCCCUCCCGUCCUCACCGAAUGUUGGUCACCGGGAGCUCCGAGCCGAGGCAGCUGCAGUGGCUGGAUUGAGCACCCCAGGGUCCCUGCACCGGGCAGCCAAGCGCAGGACCAGCCUUUUUGCGAAUCGUCGGGGUAGUGACUCCGAGAAACGAAGCUUGGAUAGUCGGGGAGAGACAACAGGGAGUGGGCGAGCCAUCCCCAUCAAACAGAGCUUCCUACUAAAACGAAGUGGCAAUUCCUUGAACAAAGAAUGGAAGAAGAAAUAUGUAACCCUGUCCAGUAAUGGCUUUCUACUCUACCACCCCAGUAUUAACGAUUACAUCCACAGUACCCACGGCAAGGAGAUGGACUUGCUGCGAACAACAGUCAAAGUCCCGGGCAAGCGGCCCCCGAGGGCCAUCUCUGCCUUUGGCCCCUCGGCCAGCAUCAACGGGCUCGUCAAGGACAUGAGCACUGUCCAGAUGGGUGAAGGCCUGGAAGCCACUACUCCCAUGCCAAGCCCUAGCCCCAGUCCCAGUUCCCUGCAGCCACCACCAGAUCAGACAUCCAAACACCUGCUGAAGCCAGACCGGAAUUUGGCCCGAGCCCUCAGCACGGACUGUACCCCAUCUGGAGACCUGAGCCCCCUGAGUCGGGAACCCCCUCCUUCUCCCAUGGUGAAGAAGCAGAGGAGGAAAAAAUUGACAACACCAUCCAAGACUGAAGGCUCGGCUGGGCAGGCUGAAGCCAAGCGCAAAAUGUGGAAACUAAAAUCCUUUGGUAGUUUAAGAAAUAUUUAUAAAGCAGAGGAAAACUUUGAGUUCCUGAUCGUGUCCAGCACGGGUCAGACGUGGCACUUUGAGGCAGCCAGUUUUGAGGAGCGGGAUGCCUGGGUCCAGGCCAUCGAGAGUCAGAUCCUAGCCAGUCUGCAAUGCUGUGAGAGCAGCAAGGUCAAGCUGCGCACAGACAGCCAAAGCGAGGCCGUGGCCAUCCAGGCGAUCCGGAACGCCAAGGGGAAUUCAAUCUGCGUGGACUGCGGGGCCCCCAACCCCACCUGGGCCAGCUUGAACCUGGGCGCCCUCAUCUGCAUCGAGUGUUCUGGCAUCCACCGCAACCUGGGCACACACCUGUCCCGCGUUCGCUCGCUGGACUUGGACGACUGGCCACGGGAGCUGACCCUGGUGCUGACGGCUAUUGGCAACGACACGGCCAACCGCGUGUGGGAAAGCGACACGCGAGGCCGUGCCAAGCCCACGCGGGACUCUUCGCGGGAGGAGCGCGAGUCGUGGAUUCGCGCCAAGUACGAGCAGCUGCUAUUCCUGGCGCCGCUGAGCACCACGGAGGAGCCGCUGGGCCGCCAGCUGUGGGCCGCCGUGCAGGCCCAGGACGUGGCUACCGUUCUCCUGCUUUUGGCCCAUGCGCGACACGGGCCGCUCGACACCAGCGUAGAGGACCCACAGCUGCGCUCCCCACUCCACCUGGCGGCCGAGCUCGCCCACGUCGUCAUCACGCAACUGCUGCUGUGGUACGGCGCGGACGUGGCGGCCCGUGACGCCCAGGGCCGCACGGCGCUGUUCUACGCCCGCCAGGCUGGAAGCCAGCUGUGCGCCGACAUCCUUCUCCAGCACGGCUGCCCGGGUGAGGGCGGCAGCGCGGCCACCACGCCCAGCAUCACCGCCACGCCCAGCCCCCGCCGCCGGAGCAGCGCCGCUAGCGUGGGCCGCGCCGACGCCCCGGUUGCGCUGGUAUAGUUGCCCAGCGGGAGAGACACCCCCAUCCCCAAGCGGGCCGGGCACGACCACACCGGGCGGACCGCUGGACAGACGCACCCACUCACCUCUCCGAUCCGCACCCCGCCCCACGGGAGCACUUCCUACCCCCACGAGGGCACAGCCCCCACGCCUUCCAGAAGACACAAACUCACCUCCCUCUCCCCAACGUGGCAUGGAGACCCCAGCUCAACACGCCCCCUCUCCACUGUUUCCACACUCGGAUUGCUCUGGGUCUACCCGCUCGGGGUUCGCGGAAGGGGACGUCCCCAGCGGUACGGGCUCCUAAGUGCUUGGACAUGCCCGCUUGUGCCCCCUAGGGGCGGAAAGAAGACCCGGUCCUGCCCGAGCUCAACAAUCCCAGGGCGGGAGCCCAUACCCAGGCUGGCUCCUGGGGCGACGCCACGCCAGAGGGAGGGUUUAGUACGUGGGAGGGCUAGCCCCGGGACUUGGGGCCAAUACGGAAACCCUACCCCUUCCAUGCUCAUCUCACUGCCCAGUGAAGGGGGCAAGGGCAGCGAGGGGCAGGACCCCUGCUGCUCAUGGGGGUGGGGGGGUGGGGGGGUUCCCAACCCUUUCCGUGAAAGGGACCGUGAGUAGUGGAAACCAGGACGUCCCCUACACCUACCCAUGGGUGGAAGCUAAAGAGUCCGGGGGGAACCAAGAGCCUGGGUCCCUCCCACUACUAUCUUGGGAGGGAGAAGGGAUGGAGCAGGAGCGGGCUAAGAGGGCUGCGGGGGCCUUGUAAUUUAUUGCUUUGUUCCCCAACAUGGGGAUGGGGGCGGGCAGGGGCGUGGGGAGGGCGUUUUGGGGUAGGGGAAGCCCAGGGUGGGCAGGGGGUGGGGUGGGGUGGGGGUGCUCUCGGGUUGUGUCUGUGACCGUGACUGCGUACCUGUGACUGUGCAGCGCCCGUGGUGAUCUGGGGUAGGGGGCACCCCUACAGUGGGACCCCUCCCCCAUUAUUCUUUCUGUCCAGCCCCUCCCUCCCACUGGAGCAGCUCCAGAGCCAUUCCUCAUCCCCGUGACCUCUCCCAGCCAGGGCUGAGAGGAUUCGAGGUGGCUGGGAGGGUUUCCAGGCCCCCUGCCCCUUCCCCACAAAGUGGGUGAUAGGGCGGACUUACCUGGCCCAGCCCUGCCUCCCUCAGCCAACCCAGCCCUUGGGCUGUCUGUGUCAGUGGUUUCCGGUCUUUUUUUUUUUUCUGGCUAAAAUAGUUUGCAAAGGACCAGGUAAUUGGGGAGGGGAGAGAGGUGGGGGCAAGGGGGAAAUGCCCCCCCAUCUCCUUGGAGGCAGUGGUGUGAAUCUUCUUCAACAGCAAUUAAAAAGGAAGUGAUUUUGUCUAGGGAGUGAGCUGCUGGUCUGUUCUUGGAGGCAGGUCAGGGCAUGGCCUUGGUCAAGAUGGGGUACUGGGGUUGGACAGGGACAGGCAGAGGUGCCUCCCACUGGGGCUGGUGGCAGGACAGUACCCAUGGGCAUGGAGGUGGUUCCAUCAUGUACAACAGUUCUGGGUUCAUGUAGUGGAGGACGUGGGCAGGUUGGAGUCAGUGGGGACCCUGGGAACAGAGAAGGCACUGACUCUUAAGAUGACGCCAGUCCUGGGAGAGUUGUGAUAUGGUACUUAGAGGAGAGGACAGGCCCAUGGAGAGGGGUGGGAAGAUGGGACAGCUUUGGUUAAGAGCAGGAACUUUGGAGACAGAUCUGAUUUUGAAACCUGCCCCUCCACUGCACAGCUAGGGGACCUUGGUGGCAUCUGUUUAUCUGUAUUCUGAACAGUAUCUGUUCAGAAGGCACCUGAAAGGUGCUCCAGCUCUGAGGAGGGCUGCCCCGAGCCAGCCUGCUCACCGUGAGCACUAGGUACCAGAGUAGAACAUAGAGUAGGGGUUCCUCCCCUGGCCUCGUCAGGGGGUGUUCCAGAGGGAAGGGGUGGGAGACCUCCUGGGAAAGAUUUCCCAGCUAGCUGCAGAGGUCCCUGGUGUCCACAAACUCAGUGUCAGCUGAUGCAGGCAUUUAUCCACCUCCGUGUCAUCAAAGGGACCACCAAGGCCACAGCGGCCUGAAGCCGGUGCUGCCUCCAUGAGCUGCAGUGCCGCUAGGCUCAGCACAUAGCCAAUACUACCAUUUCUCGAGGGCAGCUGAAAGUGUUUACUCAGGUAGAGGGGCUGGACAGGGUAGAGUUGGGUCAGCAGCCAGUGCAGGUUGGGCACAGCCAUAUGUUGUUAUCUACCUUGAGGAGUUAGUUGGUAGCACCAGCAUCUUUGGGUAGAAUUGCUUCUGACCCUUGGUGCCCACCAGCCCCAAGAGGUUCAGCUGCAAGUGUGCCACUGAACUGAGGACACAGCACCAGACCUGAAUCCAGUUCACAUGGAGGCUGCGGCUCUACAGGGUCCUAGGCUGUGACCACCCAGCACGGUGGCGUGACCCAGGAAAGGUGGAUUCAACAGUGCAGGUGCAGUGACAAGUACAGAGGCAGGUGUGUGGUCUGGGCAAAGCGAGAAGAGGGGGGAGGUAGCAAAGAAGAUUGGACUGGAGGACCUGGCCAUUCCCCCUUCACCUCCAAGACCCUGGACUCUCUUAUUUCAGCUCCACUCCUUCCUCGUGGCCAAAGUUUGCUCCCUUCUUCAGAAGUUUGGGAGUGUGAGAGAAUAUGGGAAGGAAAUAAGGACCCUGGAGAGAAUGAAAUUGCCUUCAAAGAGCAAGUGGGAAGUUCCUUUCAUUUCCAGCCAGUGAAAAAUGGUCAAGGUGUCAGCAAACCUCACAACAAAUCCCAACACCAAGUAA